ACAAGAUUGAGAUUGAGGUAAUUGUUGUCGAUGAGUAGGAUUAGCUUAGGCCUCCUAGCUCUAAACUAGUUGUUUGUUUGUUUAUUGGUUUUAUGUCAAAUGUCGAAAAGUCUCAUAACUCAAGAUAUUAAAGUCAGGGUUAGUUCUGUGUUAAACCGGGAUACAAAACAAUUCGGAAGGAAGUUCUUAUUUGAUGGAAAUGAUGAAACGUGCUGGAAUUCAGAUGAGGGCUCUCCCCAGUGGGUGAAGGUGGAGUUUCCAGAAACAGUCUUUCUAACAAGUAUACAUAUGCAGUUUCAGGGUGGAUUUGUGGGUAAGACAUGCACUCUGGAAGGUCAGAGUUCAGAUGAAGAAGAGUUUGAUUUGAUAACAGAAUGUUAUCCAGACGAUUCUAAUGCAUUGCAAAUAUUUCCUGUCAAAGACUGUGAAGCAAUAAAACGUCUGAAGAUAACUUUUAAAGAAAGCACAGAUUUCUUUGGUCGAGUCACUGUCUACAAGUUAGACAUUCUUGGCUAUAUUUCAUCAUGAAGAAAAAAACUUAUUCAGUAACUGUAAGAUAGACAUCUACACAUGAAGAAUAUAUCAAGAAUGACUCAGGGAUAAAUGUACUAAUGUAAGGGAAACAAUUUUGUCGAGUCACUGUCUACAAUACGGGUGGCAUAAAAAAGCAGUUAGAGGGCCAAAGUAAAUUUUUGAUUUAACAUUGUGGGCCGCACCCAUUUACAGUGUGCUUCCAAAAACCUUCAUUCUCUGCUUUUAACUUUAUUCUCAGUUUUAACAUUGCUUUUUACGGAUGAUCGGUGUCAGGCCAUAAAAACAAGGUGUUUUCUAGUCAUAAAUGUUUGGCGGGCCGCACACAUACGGUUUUUAAUUCAUUUUUGCAGGCCGCAAAAAAAUUCACUGCCAGGCCUCAUGCAGCCCGCAUGCCGCGCUUUGCCCACCUGUAGUCUACAAGUUAAACAUUCUUGGCUAUAUUCCGUCAUGAAGAAAAAUACUUAUUAAGUAACUGUAAGAUACUGUAGAUGUCUGCACAUGAAGAAUAUCAAGAAUGACUCGGCACUGAAAUAAGAGAAAUCAAUUUGUCUUUGCUCGACUUUCUAUACAUUCAAGCCAUUAAAUUUACAGGGAAAUUUGGGCAAGUAAUAGCGCCCUCUAUGUAGAUUGCAUUUUGUAACACUGAUUUCUAUUCAGUUGUGAGGUACAAGAACGUAAUGUUCAAUAUGUAAUUGAAAGUUCUGUACUGUAUAGGCCUAUAAAUAGUCUGUAUUUUGACAUCCGAUAUUGAUAUAAUCAGAAUAAAACUUUUGGUUUACUAGACCUUUUUGAAGUCUUGAUGUUGCCAGUUAUAUUCGCUUUUGUGGAAGGUCAGAUGAAUCAAAGAAAAUGAACCAA